AUGGCGUCUGGGGCCUCUCAAACAACUCUCCAGGAAGCUGUGGAUGGGCUUAAUGUCCUCUGUGCGUGUCACACUGGGUCCACGCUAACUGAAGAUAUUAGGAAGAUUGUCUCUGAGCUCAAGACCUCAUUGCUACGUCAUACGAGCCCCUCCCACGCAUUUAAUAGCUGUGCAGGACCACAACUACUCUUGCAACUACUUUCCCAGUGCGCAUGCGCAGGAAAAGAUACAGUUCUGUUGCUGGGUGUUCUUGGAAACAUCUGUGCUUUGGAUGAGAGCUGCAGAGACACUGUGAUGGCAGACCACCAGAUGAUUGUUGAUAUUCUGAGGAGAACUGAAGAAUGUGACGUGCUCAAUACAGCCGCUAGAUUGGUAGCCAACCUUUCAUUGGACCCUCACAACAUACCCACCCUACUAGCUGAUGGAGCAGUCUCUCUAUUAGUACUGUCACUAGCCAGAGGAUCCAACGCUUGCAAGAGAAGUUUGUUGAGAGCUUUGAGAAUAUUAGCCGGGAACAGUAACUGCCGGGAUGAGAUUACAAGUGUAGAGGGAAUACAAGCUGUGGCCGAUUGUCUAGUGUCAGCUGAUAGUCAUGUGAUAGGGGCAGCUAUGCAGACACUAGUAGCAGUGACUAUAGACAAUGAUGCAGUGCCCUCUCUCCACAACAACAGUUAUCUGCAAGUGGUGGUCCGACACUGUCACCACAUAGAGACUCAUAUUAGAGAGGCUGCUAUUAGACUGUUACUAAAGACAACCAAGUGUUCAGAUGGUAGAGUGGCUUUGAGCAGUGCAGGAGGUGUAGAGACCUUGGUGGGUCUAAUGGAGAGCAGCUCUGAUACACAGGGUUUGUUGAGUGAUAUUGUGAGGUCUGUUUGCUUGUGCUGUAGGGAAGUCACUAGUAGACAACGGUUGAGAGAUUGCGGUGGACUGGGUACAUUGAUAACCAUGCUUCAAGAGGAGACUCAGCUGGUCAUACAUGGAGCUAUAGUAUCAGCACUAGUCUGCUAUUAUUUUGAUGAGACCACUCUCAAGAGAAUGGUGCAAGCUAUGGGCCUCCUACCAGCACUAGUAUACCAUCUCAAUAAAGGGUGUUCACCUUUGACCUCACCCGAGGAGGGUUGUACUGACUCCGAUGAGAUUACUGCUAUUGACCGGGAAAUUUCACCUCUUGAGAUUGACUUUGAUUGUAACCACGGUAACACUACACUCAUGCCUCCGAAGCCCCUCCAGCCAAUCGGAAUGGAUUCUGAACCUUCUCCAAUCUCAUUGGACGAUUUUCCGUCCAUCGGCCCACCCCCUAGCAAGAGACCAUUAUUGGAAGUGGAUCCCUCUACACAUGUACCUCCUAAUAUUCUAGACUCUAUUCUCUCCUCGUCAUGUUCUUACUCUACAGUAGAGCAACGCCCACACACAGCGUCACUGCCCAACCCAUCACUACACUAUCAGGUAGUGCUGCUCUUGUCUCGUGUGUCUCACCUCCGGGACUGCCUACCACUCCUCUCUCAACCAUCCACUCUCUCACUCAUUCUCAAGGCUUUCAUUUCAUCCAAUCCCACCAACCUACACCUCUGUAAGAUCCUUGCUCGAGUGCUUAUGAGUCCCCACUGCUUUCAGAAUGUUCUCCAGACAUUAGCGCCCUCCAGUCUCCUACAGUGUACAGUAACAGGGACAGGAGAGGGAUCGUUGAGUGGACAUUGUGUGGAGUUAUUAGGCCGACUGAGCAAGAUAGGGGAAUCCCCUUAUGGACAAGGGGUCCUAGCACACAUGCUAUUGAGGGGAGAGGAUGAUGACAAACACGCCAGCUCUUUAGCUGUACCACUACUAUGCACCAAGUCCGUGCGGGUGUGUAAGAAGUUGAUGCUCUCGUACGGUGGCUAUCAAGAUCUGUGUAGCCUAGCAACCGUUGAGGGUUCACUACAAUCCAUGGCACUGGACUCACUAUUGGAACUAGCUGCACACCUCCCACACUUUACACACCAUAACCCCCCGCCCACACAACCUCCACCAACCAAACACUGUCGCUAUAUGGACUCUGACCUUUUCCCCUUUGACCUCACACUGGUGAUUAUUGGAGGGGGGACUGCACGAAUUCCUGUACACCGCCGAAUCAUGAGUGAAUCUUCUGAUGUGUUUCGUGUGAUGCUUGAGGGUCCGUAUAGAGAGGGGCAGAGUAACGAGGUGACACUACAAGGGACAUCCCCCUCAACAUUCAUAGCAUUGGUACAUCACUUGUAUGGAUGUAGCUGGCAAUGCCCCCAUUGUCCCCCACAUGGAUCACACACACCAAUACAGUCAUAUGGUACUCAUGAACUGAUAGAGGCUAUAGCUAGAGUCUCCUCUGAUCCAUUGCCUGCUGCUCAUUGCUUGAGUGUCAUGGUGUGUGCUGGACAAUAUCUGCUCAACCAACUAUCCACUCUCUGUCAACAUGCAGCAGUGCAGUACGUGUUGCCUAGCAACGUUGUGGAGAUGUUCUGUUUAUCAAGAAUGCACGAAUGCUAUUGUUUGAGUGAGAGUUGUCUACGCGUUGUCAUGGCAAUGGGAGAGUUACGUAGGGACGUGUUUAGAAACUUAAUCACAUCUUAUGUAGGAAAUGAUGUCUUAAACAUGUUUAAAAUGUUUUUAAACAUUUCAAUUGCAUAAUUUAUGAUUUUCA